GCGGCUGCGGCCACUGCGUUGCUCACCGCGCCUGGAUAGCGCAAACAACAUUUUUCGCAGGUGUCGACGCUGCUGUGGCGCACGGAUAAUGGUCAGAUAGCGGAGAUAAGACAAUCUCAUCUCUCCGUGGACGGUGCGGGGAAUGGAAAGGCUGGACGAUGCAGCAGCCUUAAUCCAUCACGUUUGUCUUGGAUUGAAAGGGAGUUAUUUGGCGGCGUGAAGAUAUUCUCCCGUGUGUCCCGCGCAAUUCAAUUAAAGUGGCUGGAUCAAGGCAGCACUCUGCUUCGACCUGUGGGACUGUUGGUGUGGGGGGCGUGGAGCGGAGGUGGGGACCUUUUAAUUAGCCCGACUCUCUCCGGGCUUUCGUCGUCUACCAUUUAGGAGGGGGACAGAGCUGCCGUGGGCAAACUUUACUUCAGAGAAAAGGAGGGACUGGACGACAGUACUUGUUCUCUGCUCAAGGCUGCGUUUUCAUUUUCUCAGCAGAAUAUGCAGCCAGGAGCCGGCAUGGCCAGAAUAUCUGGACAAUCUGGAUGCUUUCUUGGACGCACUGUGACGAUGAAUUGGCUAUAUUUGUUGUGUUGCGGAUACCAAAACCAACACUGAAGCAAGACCGGCUGGUGCGUAGCCUUGGAGGAGUGUGUUUACACGCCAGUCACUGAAAGCUAAGCUCUUACAAUAAAACCCAAACAUUUUAAAGCGUAAUUUCUGCGCACCGCGCGCUCAUGCAUUCGUCUCCUGCAGACCUCCGCGCACACGGUCCCAUUUGCGUUUGGAGACGCGGCCGUGGUGGAAAAUCCGGAGGAGAAAGUCAGGAAAGGACGGUGCUCUGUCCACGGAAACAGUUAAGAUUAGGCCCUGCAGCGAGGGGCUUGGGGUAAAUAAAAGCACUGAUGGCAUUUUUUGCGCUCAUGCUCCCUUUAACCGGAGUUGAUCAGCGCCUUCAAAUUAAAAGCUGCCCUUUUCGAUCCAGAAGGCGAACAGCAGAUCUCCAGUCAAAGCAGACACGGCGGAGGAUGUGUUGUGAAUGAAGUUUUGCUCAGACCUGCAAACAAAGGUGGUGAAGUUCAGGAGGCGUUGCUGUAGGAUGGCAGUGGAACCGAGACGUGAGCGGAUAAGCGGAAAUGGACAUGCAUCAUUAACGCAAGGCUGCAGCGGCCUCUAAACACGCAGGGACACAUUUUAACUGGAUCUGUUCUCUCAAGCUGACUCACGCAUAUGUGAUCACAACUUCUCAAGAACACCUUUAAAAGUACUCCUUCCCUUCUUGGGUGUUUCUUUUUCAACUUGUCCCAUUACGCACACGCGUUUUGUAAUUCUUUCCAAUGAGUGAACCAGUGUGUAAGCAGCUGGGUUGACUUGAACUGGAACAGAGGAGGCAGCAAGUGUACCUUGCAGUCUGAAGUGCGUCAAAACAGACGGGAAUGUAGAGGAAUGCAGGGACUGACGUCAAGAGGGGCAAUAAUGAACUAUUCAAAAUCUUUGGAAGGUCUGCCAGUGUUUCUCCAGCCACUACACUGCUAACUGAGUGGAGUUUUCUCUGAAAAGGUUUUUGUUCGUCCUCUCCCUUUUCCACUUUUAAGAGUAAGAAGUCAUCGCCCAAGUUGUUAUCCUGGGGCUCCGUACUUUGCCUUACUUCUUCACUGACUUUGUCUUUUAAGUAACUUUCCCUUCUGCGUAGUCUUUGAUUCUGAAUAGAUUGUAAAGCAACAUGGCGUCGCCCCAGCAUCAACAACUGCUGCCACACACCACAGAAGUGAGCUGUGACUCAAGUGGAGAUGGAGGCGUCUCAGUGAGGAUUGGCAGUAGUGUCAAGCACAAGCACGGAGGCGGGCCGCUGGGUUCAAUCGGAGGAGGCUUCAUUGGGGGAUCCAAGCACUGCAAGUACAGCAUCUCCUCCAGCUGCAGCUCCGGAGAGUCCGGAGUCAGGAGGCCGGUGGUCAAGGGCUUUCGCACGCAGAAGAAGAUGCCUCAGCUUUUUGAGAGAUCCGCUGGUCAUUUCUGGGACCCAAAGUUUGACUCGUCGAUCCUGGAGGAGGCCUGUAGGGAGCGGUGUUUCCCCCAGACCCAGCGGCGCUUCCGCUAUGUCCUCUUUUACCUGGUUGCAGUUGGCUUCCUCUGGGGAUUGUACUUCGCUGCCAACCCUUCCCGCUGUGACAGGACUGCCUUUCUCCUUCCCACCGCGUCCUUCCUCCUUUUCUGCCUCCUUCUCUUUCUCUUAACUUUUACUAAGCUCUACUCUCGCUGCUACAACCAAGCAUCCCUGCUGCUCAUCCUUGUAACCUUCACCCUGACCCUGGCCCCGCAGAUCCAGACAUCAGGCUUCAGAGACCAGGAGCCUCCAGCACCUGCACUCGAUGUGGAAGAGUUCAGUGGCAUGGGACCCACAUACAACCUGUCCUACGACAAGCUUGUGGGAGGUACCACCUGGUCCCCCUGUCUUUCUCCUGUAGGCACCUUCUCCCUGUGCAUUGAAGUUCUUCUGUUGCUGUACAGCGUUCUCCAUGUUCGCCUUUAUGCUUCGGUCCUGCUCGGGUUUCUCUACUCUGUCUUUUUUGAGAGUCUGGGCUGGCUGCACCUGACACAGGCAGGUGAUAGUUGGACCUUAGCCUCUCAAUCAGACUGGGACACAUUAAGUUGGCUAGGUCCUGCCAAAGCUCUUCUCCACCUCUGUGCCCACGCCAUCGGCAUCCACCUAUUCAUCAUGUCCGAGGUGCGGUCACGCAGCACCUUCCUAAAGGUGGGACAAGCCAUCAUGCAUGGCAAAGAUCUGGAGGUGGAGAAAGCCCUGAAGGAGCGAAUGAUCCACUCCGUCAUGCCCAGAAUCGUGGCUGAUGAGCUGAUGAAGCAGGGCGAUGAGGAGAUAGGUGAUAAUUCUGUCAAACGAUACUCCACCAGUGGUGCGGCAGCCGCCAUCUCCAGCCCCAAAAACAAUAAGCGCAAAAAAACCUCCAUCCCUCGAGGCCAGAUCAUCUUCAGACCCUUCAACAUGAAGCGGAUGGAGCCGGUCAGCAUCCUCUUUGCAGACAUUGUGGGCUUCACGAAAAUGUCUGCCAACAAAUCUGCUCAUGCCCUCGUCGGCCUUCUAAAUGACUUAUUUGGGCGUUUUGAUCAACUUUGUGAGCUCACUGGCUGCGAAAAGAUCAGUACCCUGGGAGACUGUUACUACUGUGUGGCUGGUUGUCCUGAACCCAGACCAGAUCAUGCCUACUGCUGCGUGGAGAUGGGCCUGGGCAUGAUUCAGGCUAUUGAACAGUUCUGCCAGGAGAAGAGGGAGAUGGUCAACAUGAGGGUGGGUGUCCACACUGGCACUGUGCUGUGCGGUAUCCUGGGCAUGAAACGCUUCAAGUUUGAUGUUUGGUCGAAUGACGUCAACCUGGCCAACCUAAUGGAGCAGCUGGGAGUGGCUGGGAAGGUCCACCUGUCACAGGCCACUGCCAACUUCCUGGAUGACCGCUACCAGCAUGAAGGCGGACAAGUCAUUGAGAGAAUAGGACAGAGUGUGGUGGCUGACCAGCUUAAAGGCCUGAAGACCUACCUGAUCUCAGGCAGGAAGGUGGAGCCUCACUCUCACUGCAGCUGCCCUCAGUUGGGAUUGGCUGGGCAUGAGCAUGCAGAUCCCCGGGGCCCCGCCUCCAGGGUGCACACACCUGAUGGAGCUCCUUCAGCCUGCACCCUGCCUCCAGACAGUGCUAAGUCUCCCUGUCUCUCCUGCAGUGUGGUCCUGAUACCAGGGGAGGAUCAGGUUCUGGAGGAAGGAACGGUGCGCAAUGGCUGCCACGAUGACCACAAGACCACUAGCACAAAGGACUCCUCAAAUCUGAAGUGUUCCCCGGCGGUUUCUGCAGGGCGCGGCACCAAGGCUCUGAACGGCCUGCUCAGCCCUCAGCUGGAGGCCUUGAACAACAGCCAGACGUCGCUGUGUGAGAUGCUGCAGGAGAAGGAGAAGAAGACGUGGAGCGGAGGAGCCAUGGGCAUGGACCACUCGGCGCUCAUCCCUCUUCGCUCCAAGAACUUCAGGGAGAGGAGCGACGCUCACUUUGUGGAUGUUAUCAAGGAGGACAGCCUUAUGAAAGACUACUUCUACAAACCCCCCAUAAACAAGCUGAGCCUCACCUUCCUGGAGAAGAGCCUGGAGUCUGCCUACCGGAUAAGCUACCAGGAGGAGGUGGAAACCCAAGCGGUCGUGCAGACUUUUGCGAGUCCGACAUUCAGUUCUUUCCUGGACAUGCUGCUGUGCUGUUUAGUGUUUCUGGCUCUCUCACUGGCCUGUUUCCUUCGACCGCUUGUCACGCAGCAGAGUCUGUCCACACCGGCACUCAUUCUGGCAUCUGUAGCCACUCUUUUGGAGUGUCUGGCUCUGCUGUUUGCUAUACGUAUGGCUUUCUACCUGGACAGUGUGCUGAACUGCACUCGGGUGCUGAUGAGAGCGAUUUCAGGCUGGAUCGCACGUCACUUCAUCGGAGCCGUCCUGGUGUCCCUGCCCACUGUGGCCGUCUUCUCCCAUGUCACCUGUGACAUGCAUCUCUCCAUCCAGUUCACCAUGUUCAUCUGCUGUGCUGUCAUCAUAGCUAUCAUUCAGUACUGUAACUUCUGCCAGCUCAGCUACUGGAUGCGCUCAACUCUCGCGACUCUGGUGGGACUGGCACUGCUCGCCUUGCUCUUCAGCUCCCCCUGCAGUGUCGCUAAGAGUCUGUUUUACUGGUCGGAUGGCCAGGACAAUAACAGCAGCAGCAGCAACAGCUCCAUCAUCAUGUUUGACAACCCAGCAGACCCAAACCCACAGCCCCACCCACAGGACCUGCUGGGCCCUGAGGCCUGUGUGGCCUUUUUCCUGCUCCUCCUCCUGGUCUGGUUCCUUAACCGCGAAUUUGAGGUCAGUCACCGUCUGCAUUACCAUGGCAACGUAGAGGCUGAUCAACACCGCAUCAAGAUCCAGAACAUGAGGGACCAGGCCGACUGGCUGCUUCGCAAUAUAAUCCCCAUCCAUGUGGCCGAGCAGCUGAAGGUCACCCAGAGCUAUUCCAAGAACCACGACAAUGUGGGUGUAAUAUUUGCCAGUAUUGUUAACUUCAGUGAGUUUUAUGAAGAAAGCUAUGAGGGAGGUAAGGAGUGCUAUCGGGUCCUCAACGAGCUAAUUGGAGACUUUGAUGAGCUGUUACGGAAGCCUGCCUUCUCAAACAUAGAAAAGAUCAAGACCAUCGGUGCCACGUACAUGGCAGCAGCAGGACUCAAUGCGCAGCAGUGUGCAGAUGCGGCACAUCCUCAUGCCCACCUCCGCGCUCUUUUCGAAUUCGCCCUGGAAAUGAUGCGUGUGGUGGACGACUUUAACAAGAACAUGCUGGGCUUUGGCUUCAAGCUACGCAUUGGAUUCAAUCACGGGCCUCUCACAGCGGGGGUGAUUGGCACCACGAAGCUCCUCUACGACAUCUGGGGCGACACAGUCAACAUCGCCAGUCGCAUGGAUACUACAGGCGUGGAGUGUCGUGUUCAGGUCAGCGAGGAAAGCUACUGUGUGCUCAGCGGCAUGGAUUAUGAGUUUGAUUACCGUGGCACAGUUAAUGUCAAAGGCAAAGGUCAGAUGAAGACCUUCCUUUACCCUAAGAGCAGCGACAGUGGCCCUGUGCCUCAGUACCAACUCUCAGUCUCACCAGAGAUCCGGGCACAGGUGGAUGGUAGCAUUGGGCGCUCGCCCACUGAUGAAAUCACCAGCAUGGUGCCCACAACCAGUAUAAAUGCAAGCACUACCACUACUACGGUACCCAGUGCCAGCGCUGGUUCCUCUACCACCACAGGGCUUAGCCAUGAGAAAGAGGCAGAAAGACGCCCCUCUACGGAGACCUCUCAUGCCAGGCGAUCUGCGUCUCACAGUGGCAUGACAUGUACAUCUGUUACCAACCGAGAAGGACCUCCUCCUGCUACAAAUAACAAACAGCUCAUCAUCUCAUCCUCGGUCCAUCAAAAUACCCCCCAAAAUUCCACAGCAGUGUCCCAGAAAGACAUCACGAAGGACAAAUGCGGGGCUGAUUGUGACUCUAAUGUCGGAGAGUUGACCAGGCUUUAAGAAUUUGUUAAAGUGGCACUUUUACAAGAAUCCUCGACCCUUUAAGCUCUUGUUCCUGCUGGUUGGCAGUGGUGGCAUCGCUGUACAUUUGGUCCCACCCCAGGUAGAAUCCAGGAGGAAGACCCACAGGCCUCUUCUCUGCAUCAGCCAGGCAGCAGGGUGUUUGUAGUUUAAAUCUGAUUGGCCGAUAUUGUCAGUAGAGGGUGCUGGCCGGACCACAAAGUGAGCAUCAGACAGGAGCACACAGGAAAUGGGAAAACGUGAUGGCUGACUCUGAACCUGCUCUCACCUGCUACAGAUCCCAUCGUCUCCCGUUAACUUACUUGAUUAUCUGUACACCUUUAAUCUUAAUUAUUUCUUUCAUAUGUCUUUUAAGUGCCUUUAGAAUAGAAUAAUGUGUAGACCAAGCCUUUUUUGAGUAAGGGAAGAAUAACUUAAAGGGAAAACUGUAAAUAAGCAAACUUUUUGGAAAAACGCUUUGCUUUUGUUACAAUUUUACUUUGUAGACUAUGUUUUGCUACAAUAUUUUGCCUUUUAUCAAAGAAGAGCUCAGCAAGCUGACCUUACAUAUGGAAAAUGCGACAACAUGAGGAGAAUCACAAUGUAUGUCAAGCGAAGGGUAAAUACGACAUUAUCUGCACUAGAACGCGGCAGAGCCUGUUGCCAUGUUCUUCAUGAAAACCAGAAAACUCUUCAUGGAAGUCACAGCGGAGACUAAUCAGCACAGGCCGAGGGCAGAGGACGCCGAGCUGCGUGCUGUUUGAGUGUAUUUGCAUGCAUACAGUGCGUGUGUGCGUGCUCGCGAGCGUGUGUUUGUAUGUGUCUGUGCCGUAACAAGGACAUGCAGGGUUUAAUGAGGAGAGGUGCCGAUGAGUUAUUCGGCUGACUUUCUGAAACAGCAGGAUGACAAACAUUUUGGGAACGCAGUUGGAAAAACAAUCUCGGUUGCUGAUGUGGCAGCUUCUCUCUGGCCUUGGUUAAGAUCUUUGUAUUGCCUCAGUGCUGAGGCACGAUGGUCUCGGCUACACUUAAUCGUGCAUGCUUACAACAACGGCAGUGUAGAUGAGGCUAAUUGUUACUGGUGUUUGUGCCCAGUCUCUUCUGGGAACUCAAGCUGUGAUUAGUGUUGAUAAGUAUUUCAGUGGAUCCUUCAAGGCACUGCUGUAACUGUAGAGUGUCUUUAGCUGUGACCGUAGAUCGAUUAGAGAAAACAGCUGCCUAGGUUUGCCAUGGGUUACACUGUGUGUUCGUUAGUGCUUUUAAGAAACGGAUAAUCAAAGUGGAAUGUCACAAAUCAAAACUCAAUGUGUUUUAUUGUAUUUAUAGUCACACAAAACUUGAACCAUUCACAUGAAGCUCCCUUCUCUAGUUUCUAUUAUUUGAAAGAUGUUACUGGAAGGAAACAGCUGGACACAAAAGCUGCUUCAUACUUUCAACGGCAUGGAACUUGAUGUAAUAGCACUGAAAAUGCAAAGGCAGUGCAACAAAUGUAUUUAGUAUUAAUCCCUUUAGGUGUUUUUUUACUUCAUUGAUUUCAUACUAUUGUGUCAGAUUGAAGAAACUGAUAAAACUGUAAAUCUCUUGCUGUUACGUUUUCUUUAUGUCACUGUUUCUUAGCAAAAAGGAUUGUGUGCUCAGAGGCAAAAAAAAAGAGUUUUACCAUGAAAUCCACUUCAGUGUCUUAUUUCUGACAUUUUAAAUACAACACAUUAACUUCAUAUUUUUUUAGUGAUAAAGCAAACAAGGCAAAUAUUGCAGAAAAAAUGAAGAACCAAUCUGCCUUCUUUUGCCAUCCAUUUAACUGCAUCUAACAUUACCAUAAUAGUAAUAUAGUGUUUGUUUUUUUUCUGUGUGUGGAAGUAGGGUAGCUUGUGCCUUUUUACUCUGAACUUGAUUUUUUUCCCCCCACUCUCUAAAUAAUAAAGACUAUUUCUCCAAAGCUGAUGGUAUGCAACGUGCACUAGCAGGACAAUGUUUGCGUUUGUGCUUAAAUCCUGUUUAAUUUUGAUUGAAGUUUUCUGAGGUCUUGACUUUUUGAGCAGUGCCUUUUCUUAAUCUAUACAAUUAAAUGCAAGCAUACCAAACACAUUCAACAUUUAAUUGGCCUUAUUGCAGUUGUUGAAGUCCUGUUCGUUUGGCCGUCCAUUGUAUGCUGUAUUUAUUGCUCGGAUGGAGUUGGGUUGUUUUAAAUGCAAUAAUAAAGAGUUUAACAUCAUUGGUUUGGAAGGGGAAAUGAUCUUCUUUACGCUUAUGAGCACACAACCCUUGUACCAGCCCUAAAUGUAUGUUUGUUACACUACAAUAAAGGGAUGCUUAUAGUUGUUGUUGUUAUUAUCCGAGGUUAAGUGCUUGAUAGAGGUCAUGGUACUUGAGUGUCAGGUAUAACAUAUAAACUACAUUCCUUUUUUUUCUCUCUGUAAUUCUGAUAAGCUUAUUUGAAUAAUGUGUUUUUUUAUGAACUCUAAACAUUUUUUUUCUGGAUUGGUCUUAUAUGUGGGACAAGCAGGAGCAGUGAGACAGAGGCGUCAGCUCACCUUGUUUUUUCCUCCCCAUGUGCUUAAAGGAUGAUUUGGUUUGAUUUAUCGAGAUGUAAGUGACAUUAUGAACCAGCAGAAUGGCACACAGAGAAAACUUUUGAUGCCAAAGAAUGUCAUUGCCAUCUUUGUGUGUUAUAUCUCCUCCUUAAUUUGCAGGUUGUGUCGUGCACGUUCAAGAAAGGUCAUUUAUAUACUCACUGUUAAAACACAUUUGCACAAAUAACUCGCUUUUUAUGUAAAGUAUGCCUUUAUAUUGUAUAGUAUCUGAGCAUUUUCUAUUAUUUAUAUAAGCGCAUGCACCGGAGUAUUUAAUAGUCUAAAGAACUGGGUAAUUUUAACAGUGUUGGAAUAAUACUUGUGUGUUCGUUUGCCUGCAUGUGCGUAAAAAAUGUACGAGUGUUUGUAAAACUGUGCGGUCGUGUGUGUUGUCGGGAUGCUCUAAUCUUAGCAGGAAUAAGACCAGGACAUUUUAGUCACCUUCAUCAUCUCAAAAAGUAUGACAUGCUAGGAAAGUAAGGCUUCAAUCAAUACAGAUUCCCUUUUUAUAAUUUAAACUGGCCAAUUACCUGCAGACACUGCUAGAUGUCUGCAGGAAGGCAGUAUGUCAGUACUCUGCUACAGCAAGUUUUCAUGCACUGUUGCUUUCUUUGAAGGUGUUUUUGUAUAUAGCACGCUAAUAGGUAUGCAAGUGAAGGUUAAAAUUGAAUAAAAUCAGUUGCUGGGAAA